AGUAGGCGAGGAAUUCACCACUCUAUUUAGUCUAUUUUUCUCAAUUGCGAAUGAUUCUUUGAAUAAUAUCAUAAUUAUGUUUCAAAGAACAAUCGGCAAUGGUGUUUCUUAAUAUGUUGACUUUAUGGAAAUCCUUCACCAUGUUACAUUUAUUAUUAUUGCUGAUGUGUACUUCACAUGUUUCACCUGGUGCAAAUGAUCUCCAUUUCUAUGAUGGCUCUUCAACGGCUGACAUCAUUGCUGGAGAUGUUUUCUUCGAGAUUGUGGAUCCUCCUGAGUUGAGCUACUCCUUUCGGAUUCGACCAGCUAAAGAUUUUGGAGCUCCUUUUAACCAGAGCUUUCACUUCGAAAAAGCCCGUUUAGUGCCAACUGUACCCAUCCAUAGUUGCUCAGAUAUUUUGAAUACUGAUGAGCUUACCGGCCAUAUUGCGUUGUCUGAGAGAGGAGAAUGCUCAUUCGUGUUCAAGACUGUGAAGGCCCAGCAGGCUGGUGCCAGAGCGAUGAUCAUCACGGAGUCCGUGGACAAGUGGGAGGACUCGAUGGACCAUCUCAUUGAAAUGGUGGAUGACAGGAUGGAUACAGAAGUAAACAUCCCUGCAGGUUUCCUGCUCGGCCGCAGUGGCGCCACCAUCCUGCGAACACUGCGCCGGCUCAAGAGGAACCACGCGGUCAUCAACCUGCCCGUCAAUAUGACGCACGUACCUAUUAGCAAAAUGAACCAACCCCCUUGGAUCGCGUGGUAAAGCUUUCUGUGUACAUAGCAAGAAGGUACCUUUUGAUAUUUAGAAGAAUGAAAAGUCGGGAACCCACAUGAUUUGGUUGUUCAGGCGAUAUAAAAUAUUAUGAAAUUUUUAAUAUGAGAUUUAGUCCGACCUAGUGACAUUAGACAUCUAUUUGUUUAGAUAAAGUUAAAAUCAACGAAUAAUUAUACUAAUUAAUAGUAGAAGAGGUGUAGUGUAGGUAUGGUUACGUGAUACAAACAGCAACACUCCUAAUUGUACACGGUCGACCUUAUUAAAAAAAGGCAUACACCAAAAAAGGUCCACCAAUGUACAGUUAACAGUGUGGGCCAUGGUACCUAGGGUUGUCAAUUGUUGACAUUUCACGAUUCAGUUACUACAAAACAUAUGGCGUCGUAUAGCGCCAUCUAGAUCAACUAUUAAAUUAUGUGCGAAGUGUGUGGUGAAUUAAUACAAACAUGCACACAGCUAAAUGCAUGUUUGAGUAAAUUAAUGUUCGAGUUAAAAAAUACACCAAGUAUUUGACUGAGAUUUCUAUAGUAACGUAUUCUACCUACUUAUCCUACUUAUUCAUAGAAAAUACAUGAAUUAUUUUAUUUUGGAGUGAUACGAUUAAUGUAAGAAAACAAUAUGCUUCUCUCUCACUACACCAGUGGCAGUGAUUAUUAUUGUCAAAUUAUUAUACUCAUAUUAUUGUUUUUAAAUGAAGGCCUAAGUAAUACUUGGGCUGAUAUGGCCUUUUGACUCUUUAUUUAUGUAACUUGACUGGGACUGUCACUGUCGAUGCAUAUCAAAAUUACUUCAAAAUUUUAAACUUUGUUUUGACAUUUAUUCCGUUCCAUGAUAAAUUAUCGUCAGAUCACAAGCAAAAGUCACUAAUUACUACAAUAAAUUAAACAAAAAUCGACCUUCUUUUAGAACAAAUAUGGUUCACUAUGGCUAUGAACUUGUGGUGGUACUUAGUGACUUUUGCUUGUCACCCGACGUCAUAUUGUUUACAAUUUUGCAUGAACUUGAACAAUUUUGAUAUCUAUCGACAUUUACAGUGCUUGUAUAUUUGGAAUAGGUUAAAACUGUUAUUUUCUUGAUUAAUUUAUAGAAAAGGUGAUAGUUACUAUUUGUUGUACUAAAAUCGUUUUGCUCAGAAUGAAUAGUAAAACUAACUACAAUUUCAGUUCACAGGAUUGAUUACAUGUGUAUUAUAAAGAUAGAAGAAAGAGAGAGUUUAUUUUUUAAGUACCAUAUUACAAUGCGCGUAUGGUGCGUUACUGGUAAAUCCACGACCUGACGCUAGAUGUCGCUUGCGAAAUUAACUUGCGAUUUGGUAAGAGAACUGAUGUAUGGAGUUACCAUUAAUUCCUUACUUACUCUCUAUGGAAAGCACAUAAAAUAGUGCAGCUAAAAGAAAUAACUCUAUGAAUAUAACAAGUAUUUUACGAAAGGGUACAAAUAGUAGUUU